CUCCACCAUGGUGCCUUAGGCAAAGCUGCCCGGAAUUUCGAUUCUGGUACUGGAAGAAAGAUCAAGAAUCUUGCAGACUGGUGCCCCAGCUCCCUCUGGCUGGUCCCACAGCAGUUGCUGAGUGUCAGCAUACUAUUGUCGCCUUUGUGAAACAUCUGGGAGUAGGGACAGCUUGAGCCGGAGCCACACUGGACACUACUGCCAGUGCUUCAGGUUCCUGCUAGAGGAGAGAGGACGAGUCAGCACAGCCCUGUCAAGGGCUAGAGCAGCCAGACCUCCAGUUUGGGGUCGGACCCAGUCGCUGCCGAGACUGUUCAAGCUGCGGCUGUCAUUUCUACAAUCAGUGCAUGUUCUUCACUGACGUCAGUCAGAGCUGUCCUGGCACUAUAAAAGGCUGGCGGCGGUCCGGGGACAGACCCCGUUCUCCCAAGGUGCUCAGACCACGCCCCGAGGGACAGAGGCUGGAGCUUCGGCUUGCAUUGUGCAAACGCGCGGCAGCAACCUGGCCAGCGGCACCAUGAGGCUGGCGGGACGCGUGGCGCUGCUGGUGGCGUUGCUGCUCCUGGCACGGCUGCAGCCCGGCUGGAGCCGGGAGGCGGCCGGGGUCCGGGAAGCAAGUCUGCACUGGAGCCCGGGCCAGAGCGGCGAGGCGGGCGCGCUGCUCUUGCUGCUGGCGGAGCGCUUCCCGAGGAGCCCCGGGCCAGGCAGAUGGGGACCUCGGACCACAGAAGAGCGGCCCCGAAGGGACGACCCCCCGCUGUCCAUUGACCUCACCUUUCACCUGCUGCGGACCCUGCUGGAGCUGGCGCGGACUCAGAGUCAGCGGGAGCGCGCCGAGCAGAACCGCAUCCUAUUCGACUCGGUGGGCAAGUGACCGUUCGAUCCGGGUCUCGAGAACCUUGACCUUCCUCGCCCCCAGGGCGGAGAGGUGUGCCACUUGAACUGACCGGGUCCCGCGCGGGGAUCGAGUGGCCCCGGGAUACCUGGGUCACUCUGCGUUACUGUUUUUUAAUAAAGACCCUAAAGAGC